UCGGGCGUCGGGGCCACACGUCCGUCCGCGGGUCGCCGGGGCUGCGCGCGCCAUGGAACCCGGGUGCUCGCCGCCGUGCGCCUGCUGCGAGCGGGUGGUGCUCAACGUGGCUGGGCUGCGCUUCGAGACCCGGGCGCGCACGCUGGGCCGCUUUCCGGACACGCUGCUCGGGGACCCCGUGCGCCGCAGCCAUUUCUACGACGGCGCGCGACGCGAGUACUUCUUCGACCGGCACCGUCCCAGCUUCGACGCGGUGCUCUAUUACUACCAGUCGGGCGGGCGCCUGCGGCGGCCGGCACACGUGCCACUCGACGUCUUUCUGGAGGAGGUGGCCUUCUAUGGGCUGGGCGCCGCGGCGCUAGCGCGCCUGCGCGAGGAUGAGGGCUGCCCCUUGCCAUCGGAGCGCCCCCUGCCCCGCCGCGCCUUCGCGCGCCAGCUCUGGCUGCUCUUCGAGUUCCCCGAGAGCUCGCAGGCCGCGCGCGUGCUCGCCGUUGUCUCAGUGCUCGUCAUCCUCGUCUCCAUCGUCGUCUUCUGCCUCGAGACGCUGCCCGACUUCCGCGACGACCGCGACAACUCGGGGCUCGCCGCGGUGGCUGCAGCUGGCCCGUUUCCGGCUCGGCUGAACGGCUCCAGCCCAUUGCCUGGACCCCCACCUCGCUUGCCCUUCGAUGACCCGUUCUUUGUGGUGGAGACGCUGUGCAUCUGUUGGUUCUCCUUCGAGCUGCUGGUGCGCCUGGCGGCCUGCCCAAGCAAGACAGCCUUCUUCAAGAACGUGAUGAACCUCAUCGACUUCGCGGCCAUUCUGCCUUACUUUGUGGCACUGGGCACUGAGCUGGCCCGGCAGCGGGGGGUGGGGCAGCCAGCCAUGUCCCUGGCCACCCUGCGGGUCAUCCGGCUCGUACGCGUCUUCCGCGUCUUCAAGCUGUCCCGGCACUCAAAGGGCCUGCAGAUCUUGGGCCAGACCUUCAGAGCCUCCAUGCGAGAGCUGGGCCUCCUCAUCUUCUUCCUUUUCAUUGGUGUGGUCCUCUUCUCCAGCGCAGUCUAUUUUGCUGAGGCCGACCGGGCAGAAUCCCAUUUCACCAGCAUCCCUGAGUCCUUCUGGUGGGCGGUGGUCACCAUGACCACAGUUGGCUAUGGAGACAUGGCACCCGUCACGGUGGGCGGCAAGAUAGUGGGCUCUCUGUGCGCCAUUGCCGGCGUGCUGACCAUCUCCCUCCCUGUGCCGGUCAUCGUCUCCAACUUCAGCUACUUUUACCACCGGGAGACAGACAACGAAGAGGCCGGGAUGUACAGCCACGUGGACACGCAGCCCUGUUGCCCACUGGAGGGCAAGGUGCUCAGCGAGAUGCUACCCCACCCCUCAGGCUUCCUCCCCAUCCUCCUACUUUUCCUCCUCCCCAGUGUCCCAAUGGAGCCCCACGCCUCACCCUCACCCCUGCCCCAAUUUCCAGUGCCCGAGUGGGACCUCUUGUCCCCCCGAGUAGCCCUGUCCAAGGGUACCCCCGCUGGGCCCCCUCUGCUCUUCCUGCUGGAGGCUGGAGCCUUUGGGGAGCCAGCUGGCAGCCCGGCCAACCGCAGUCGGCGGGGGGUGAGUGAGACAGCACCAGCGAGUCGCCGCGGAGAGCUGGCUGUGUGUGAUGCAGUCAGCGGCUGGGUGACAGACCGCCGGACUGCUGUGGACCUGCGUGGGCGCGAGGUGGAGGUGCUGGGAGAGGUGCCUGCGGCUGGCGGCAGUCCUCUUCGCCAGUACUUCUUUGAAACCCGCUGCAAGGCUGAAAGCGCUGGGGAAGGUGGCCCCGGUGGGGGUGGAGGAGGCUGCCGGGGUGUGGACCGGAGACACUGGGUGUCUGAGUGUAAGGCCAAGCAGUCCUACGUGCGGGCAUUGACUACCGAUGCCCAGGGCCGUGUGGGCUGGCGAUGGAUUCGAAUUGACACUGCCUGUGUCUGCACGCUCCUCAGCCGGACUGGCCGGGCCUGAGGCCC